AUGAGCGAGCAGGAUCGUGGCCAGUCGGCUUGCUGUGCUCGAUCAGAAAUGGGAAUCGGUGGGCCAUCGGUAGCCGCGCUGCUGCUCUUGCUCUUUUCUUUGGGAGCAGAGUCGUCGAUGACAACUCCUUCGACUUCGAAGGAAACCUCAUUUGUCAACGCUGCGGAGAUCAACCGUGAGAUUUUGUCGAUGUCGGCGAGUCGCGAUGCGAUUCGUAGAAAAACGAAGGAAGCCGCAGGGAAGUUGGAUCAGUCGAAAGUAACGAUGGUGAACGCCGACGACAUGAGAGACCUGGAGAAUUUGGAGGACGUUUUGUCGGUCGUUGGGUACGAACCGCGAAGAAUUGGGAACGUGGGGAAACGAAAGGCCACGGACACGUUUAACAACACAGUUAACGAUCCUGGUAAGUAUAUCAAUUCUCCUCGACUUGUCGAUUUGCAAAAUGCUUCCUUCUCAGACAGGGUGGCUUCGAGAUCGAAGCAAGAUACACAGAAAGCGAUCGACUUGAGACCAAAAUCACCGAUCGAAGCAAGGUUAUCUAGACCUCGUUCACCAGCGAGACGAAACGAGAAGACGAAACUUUAUUCAACUAGAGAAAGUAGCCGUAAACGAGCAACGACGCGCGUGAGAGGCGAGGAAUCGGCCACCAGCACCACCGAAAAUUAUCCCCGGCAAUUCGCCGAAGUUCACGGGCCGACGAACAACGAAACUGGGAACAAAUCUAGGCGGCUAAGUUGGCGAACGAAGUUGGCCAAACCAUUGGCCAGCAAUCUCGCUGAGAGCCGAAAGGGCAAUUUAGAGAAGUUUGUCGGCGAAGAGGCAGCCUCGGAUGGGAUUCGUAACUUCGGCGGUAGAAAUAUUCAGGGGGACGACGCGAGAAUCGGCCAAGGAAACACUUUCCAACACACUGGAUCGAGUAGGGAAGACAGCAAGGACAGCAUCAGAACUUCCGAAUCUGAUGGCGCUCACAACAGCCCUGAAAUACCCGAAGAGAGUGGUUCUUUCGCCGAUCUGGAUAAUUCUUCCAAGAAGCAGGCAACCCCAUCGAGCUUCCAGCCUCACCGAGACGUCGAAAUUCCAGUCUCUAACUCACGUUCGAACAAUUACGUGUAUCAUCCGUCAUCGCUAAGCGCGGAAGAAACGCAAGAAAGCGUUGAAAAUGGCGAGAGUACGGAGGGGGAUGGAAAGUACGAGAACCAGCGAGAAGGUCGCCAGGUUGGAAAUCACGAUCUGAAGAGCCACGAGAACGAACGUGAGCCCGAGGGCGUGAAGAAGGAGGAGGAGGAGGAGGAGGACACUCGACACGCGGAGAAGUAUGACGUCAGAGCGGAGGAUGAUGUCGCGUCCGAUGGCUCGCACGACACCGAGCGUCACGAGGGUGCAGCGGGUCGGGGGAAGUUCGAGAAGGGCGGGGCGACGGAACGCGAGGAGAAGCACCGCGAGAGCGACGACGAGAAAGGGGAGAAGGGCUACGAAAGCUGGCACGAGCAAGAGAAAGCCAACAAAGGUCAUCACGACAAGGAACAACGGAGCAAUUACUACGACGAGAAGGAUGCCAAGCAGAAAGAGCAGAAGGAGGAGGGCGGAUAUCACGAGCAACACCAGGAAGACGAGAAAGGCGAGAAACAGGCGGAAUUCGACGAGAAGGGGAAACAUCAGAAGGGCUACAACACCAAGGGACAACACUUUGUCCACAAAAAGGACGAGUUCGAGAAACGAACCGAGUUCUUCGACGAGUCCCACGAAGACGGUGACGCGGAAAGCAACGGGGAAUUGUAUCACGAGGGGAAAAUGUCCAAGGGUGGCGACUACAAAGCAGGCCACCACGACGCCGGCGAUCACGAGCAAAUGUUUGGGAAAAAGAGCGAGCACGAGGAGAGUGAUCACCACCGCGAUGACAAAGGUCACGAGGUUAAAGAGGGCGAGGACAGCCAUCACGAACAAGAAAAUAUGCACGGUGAGAAGAAGAGUCAUCGAGAUGGAAAAGAAUGGACGUACAAGAAAAGCGACGGCGCGGAUGAACCUGACAAAAAGAAACACUGA